GCUGGGCAGGGCUGCUGGAGCCAGGCUCAGCCCGGGAGACCCUGAUGGCUGCGGUGUUUCUGGUAACGCUCUAUGAAUACUCGCCGCUUUUCUACAUCGCGGUGGUCUUUACCUGUUUCAUCGUGACCACCGGCCUGGUACUAGGAUGGUUCGGUUGGGAUGUUCCAGUAAUUCUGAGAAAUUCAGAAGAGACCCAGUUCAGCACAAGAGUUUUCAAAAAACAUAUGAGACAAGUCAAGAAUCCUUUUGGCUUGGAGAUCACUAACCCGUCCACAGCUUCAAUUACAACUGGCAUAACCUUGACAACAGAUUGCCUUGAAGAUAGCCGUCUUACAUGCUACUGGGGGUGCAGUGUCCAAAAAUUAUAUGAAGCUCUGCAGAAACAUGUUUAUUGCUUCAGAAUAAGCACUCCCCAAGCUUUAGAAGAUGCUCUGUAUAGCGAAUAUCUCUACCAAGAACAGUAUUUUAUUAAAAAGGACAGCAAAGAAGAAAUAUAUUGCCAGUUACCAAGAGAUACUAAAAUUGAAGACUUUGGCACAGUGCCUAGAUCUCGUUAUCCAUUGGUAGCACUGUUGACCUUAGCUGAUGAGGAUGACCGAGAAAUUUAUGAUAUCCAACUUUUCAUGUCUGCAAAUAAUAACUCCACUCCUUCCAGCAGUCCCUCUCCAGAAGAAAAAAAUGCAGACCGAAGUCUGUUGGAAAAGGCUGGACUAUCUGAAGGGGAUGUGGAGCCAUUGGAGGAGAACAGCAAGGACUGUGUCGUCUGCCAGAACGGGAGUGUGAACUGGGUGCUGCUGCCGUGCCGGCACACGUGCCUGUGUGACAGCUGUGUGAGGUAUUUCCAGCAGUGCCCGAUGUGCAGGCAGUUUGUGCAGGAAUCGUUUGCACUUUGCAGUCAAAAAGAACAAGAUAGAGACAAACCAAAAACUCUUUGAAGAUGUUGUGACCUGAAAGUUUACACUGAAAGUAAACUUUCUCCCUAAGAUGCAGAAACUUGUGUCCUCUAAUUAAUCGUAACAUGGAAUGUACAGUACUGACCAUCAAAGAAAAUUGUGUUUUAACUUCCUGUUUGUGCAAUCCAUGGAUGAUGGAAACUAAUUCUUCUUCCCUGCUCAGUGUGGUGAACACCGGAAUGAAUACUGUCUGUGUUAAUCAUAACAAUUCAUUCAGCUCGUGAGAAGAGUGUCAACACUGGCCUUUUGUCAGCUAGAAGAUCUCACAUAUUGUUGAUGAGAAAAUCAUUGUGAAAAGCAGUCUGUCUGAGAUUGAGGGGAUGCCAGUCUCAAGGCGGCGAAAUGCUUUCCUUACAUAAUCUGGAGUGAGAUUAGGAAGAAAGAGCUCUUCUUAAAGAAAUUGUAAAGGAAUGAGGGCUGGGAUGUAGCUUGGUGGUACAGUGCUUGCCUAGCAUGUGCGAAGCCCUGAAUUCAAUCCCAGCACAGAAAAAGAAAAAAACAAAAAAAAGAAAUUAUAAAGGAACAAGAAAGGGCUUCUCACAUUAAAUCCUUCCCUGAAAUGUGUUUUUAUAAAUACCCAUCUGUUUGGUUUCUAAUUUUCCUUAUCAUCAUAGUCACAUAAACACAUCUUAAUUUUUAAAUACAGGUUCCUAAGUCAUAAAUGCAAGGUACAAAUAUCAUAGAUUAAAAUGAUUCUCAUCUACAGGAGUCAGAUGUAUAAACCUGGAUAAUAAAAUUUCUUGGCUAAUUAAAUUUAUUAACUUGAUUGUCAAAUGUGAUUAGAUUAGCAGAAUGUUCUAUAGCAGGGAAGAUCUGUGAGACUCCACUGCCUUACCUUAGAUAUCCUCCUGCACAGCAAAUCUAUCCCAAACUGGAGGAGUUGUGGAGCUAGAAAAAUCACUAAAAGGAACAAAUAACUUUUUCCUAGUGUAUUGUUAUUCCAGAUGAACUCAGCACAUUGGGUAGUAAAUUAUCUUACUUAUGUCCCUUCAUAUUUCCUUGUAAGAGUUGGGGAACUUGACAGCUCCUACUCUUUCUAAGAUGACUAAGAACAAAAGGGAAGUCAGAGAGCCCAGGUCUUUAGUAGAAAUCACCUUCAGCUCACCAGAAAGUAGAUACUGAUGUUUAGGGAGAUGUUCAAGCCUUUUCUAAGAAGAGGAAUGCCUUACCUUUGUAUCAGUGUUUUUGAAUAUUACUUCAUUCCAAACAGAUGUAGCACUUUCAAGAAGACAUCUAUUUUCCAUUUUAUAAAUCAAAUUAAACUUUCAUUUGCAUUCAGUAACUAUGUAUCAAGUAUCUCCCAGUGUUUGAGCUUGAAUGGAUCAGGCAAGGCUCCUGACCUCAAAAUAUUUGUGCCUAAAAGAGUCAUUGAUGGCUGAGUAAGAACACAUCCCCAUCCUUGGAAGUUCCUGCAGCUCUUUGUAACUCUGCCCCUGGAAGCUGGGUAGUGAGAACUCCAGUCACUGCAGUGUCACAGUGUAUCCUGAAAACUUAGUUUGUCCUGUAAACUGAGGCAUGCUCAGAUUGUUUCCUCUAUCCCAGCUAUCCUGCCUUCUGUUACAGAUCUGUUUGUACCUAAACUGACUCAGGUACAUAGUUGCCUUCUCAUGGGAAGGACAUUUUUUGCAACCCUAUUAUCUUACUCCAUUUUUUCAUAACUUUUUUGUAGAGAAAAUACAUAAAAUUUACCAUUGUAACCAUUUUAAAGUGUAAAAUCCAGUGACAUUGAAGGACAUUUUCAGUAUUGUGCAACCAUAAUGGAAUU